AUAUGAUGAUUGAUGAAUGUAUAUUUUGUAUAUUAGAAUUGCAUUAGGUCAAAUAUGUUAUGUGAAAAAAUUGAGGAGAUUAACAUCGUGAUUAGUUGAAACAGCGUGAGUCUUGCUUCGUCUUCCCUCCUGAUUCAAGAUUUUUCGGAAUCUCCCAGAACCCUAAUUCACAAUCCCCACCAGGUAUUUUAACUUCGUCUUCUCUCUCUAUCUCUGCGUGGCUCCAAUUUUAUCAAUCUCGAACGUCGCCGGCGGCUUCAAUGAUUUAAAAAUCGAUUCUUCAAGAUUGCGUUUGAUGGUUUUUAAUUCAUCAUGCUGGCCUUGGUGGAAUAUGUUAGAAACCUAUGGCCUCUCUCCACUCUAAUCUUUUACAAUAAUCACGACGACUUGAGGGCAUCCGAUGGGAUUGUCAAGAAAUUAUCGAUUCCCGAAAGCACGAAGCAUUUCGUUUACGCGAUUCGCGAGCCCGAAUCGCAGGCGGUGAUAUACGUACUAGCUGUUCAGAAUCUGUCGGAGAGGUCGGCUUCGGAUGCCGAGUGUUUGAUCAGAGAGAUUAAGCCCGAUGCAGUUGUUGUGCAGGUGGGGCAGUUGAGUGAAUCGGAGAUGGCUGGAUUGAGAGAAACUAGGGUUGGAUUGAUUGAUGAGAAUGGUGGAUUUUCUGGUGAUGAUACCGUUCCCACCUCUGUGUUUGAGGUUUUGAUGAAUUGCUUUAUGCAUAAGACUAAUAAGGAUAAGUAUGAGGAUGUUGCAGGGAGUUUGGUGUUGAGGGAGAUAUUUGGAGUGAGUUUCAAUGGACACCUCGUUGCAGCCAAGAAGGCUGCUGAGGAAGUAGGUUCUUCCUUCCUGAUGCUCGAGUCACCUUUCGUGAAAUGCAACUUGGGUGGCGAUGUUGAGGGCGAGUCGGGAGGGGGGGAUUCGGGUUUCCCCAGUGUGUUCGGCUUGCAGAUGACUAGUUUGGUAUCCAAGAAUGUAGGGAGUCCGAUGUUGUCUCUGAAUUCAAGAGCCUUCCGCGCCUUAGAUGAGGUUCAGUCUCAGAUGGUCAAGUCUUUGUCUUCAAUCUUGCUUCGUGCGAGCCCACCUAUGAAGUUGGCGGGUGAGGAGGUUCGCCCGUUAGCUGAUUAUGAGGUGCCGCAGUUUGCAAGAUGUGUGUACCCUCUGCUUGUUGAUUUGCACGACAUAUUUGUGGAUAUCCCCUCUAUGGGGAACGCUUUGGCCUGCGCGCAGAAGAUGCUUUGUGAUGUUAAUAAGGGGGAAACUGUUGACAAUAGUCACCUUUCUGAGGUUUAUGCAUUCCCUAUCGCGGUUGAGGGGCUGCGGAUUGCUUUGAAUAAUGCUGGUCGGGUGGUGAGGAGCCCUGCCCCGGCUAAGUGUGAGUUUUCUGAUCUUCCCAUGGAUGAUCAGACGCAUGCCAUUCUUGCACAGACUCUUCGGAGCCAGGCAAGCAAGUACAAAUCGAUAGUUGCAGUUGUUGAUGCUAGUGGAUUAGCCGGGCUUAGGAAGAACUGGAAGACUGCUCUUCCUCUGGAUGUUAAGCAUAUGGUUGACCAGCUCGUGAUCAAUCUUGACGAUGAUGGUGAGGAUUCCGCGCAGGGGAACAGAAGAUGGAAGCUAGCGGAUAAGCCCGUGGUGGCAGUAGGGGCUGGUGCAACAGCGGUUUUAGGAGCCUCCUCCCUCUCCAAGGCCGUUCCAGUAUCGACUUUCGUGAAAGUUGUCACUCUCAAUGUCCCUGCGUCUCUGCAAAUUGUAUUGUCUCAGACGCAGAAGGCUUUUGUUUUGGCUUUUGGGAAGGCUCUUGGUCCGACAAAGGUGAUGGCGAGUUCCUCACUGAAAGGCUCGACUCUCAAGGCUGUGGCGUCUGCUGAGAAGAUACGUGCAGUGGCUCACGGUGUGAUAGCUUCUGCUGAGAAGACGAGCCUCUCUGCCAUGAGAUCAGCGUUCUACGAGAUAAUGAGAAAGCGCCGCGCCCAGAGAGUUGGGGUCAUGCCAUGGGCGACCUUCGGGUGUAGCAUUGCAACCUGCGCAGGGUUGCUCGCGUGUGGAGAUGGGAUCGAGUGUGCUGCUGAAUCGAUCCCGUCUGCUCCUUCGAUUGCCAGUUUGGGCCGCGGAAUCCAGAAUCUGCACCUGGCGUCUAUGGUUGUGAGGCCAGCUGAGAGUUCAAGAAUACAGAGAUCAAUAGAAUCACUGCUGCAUAAGUUCAAGAAUUUGAAAAUAAAAAUUCAGUAGGUAGCAAUUGAUACCUAUUUUCUUCAUAGUCUUAGUUCAGAGAUGGUCCAUUUAGUCUGUAAAUAACAUCAAGACUGACAAGGAUUGCCUUGUAGUCGAAUCAUUAAUGAUAAUUGAAAGUUGUGCCUAGUUUUAUGGUAUGUCCAAA